AUGGCAACUCCAAUGGAAGGGGCUCCGGAUAAUGUUGACUUAGGCUCUGUUGCAAAGCCUUCAUUAAUAUAUCGAUGCAAGAAAUGCCGAAGAAUUGUUGCCACGGAAGAGUAUAUUAUUCCCCAUAACCGUGGUGAAGGACAAAAAGGUUUCAGAGGGAAAAGAAGAAAUGCGGAUCUUGAAUUGGAAGCACCGGUUGAGUGCUCGUCUAUUUUCGUGGAGCCCAUGAAGUGGAUGCAAACACUGGAGGAAGGUUACUUGGGAGACAAGCUUCAGUGUUUCGGUUGCAAAGCUCGAUUAGGCUCGUUCAGUUGGGUGGGGAUGCAGUGCAGUUGUGGGAGGUGGAUUAAUCCCGCGUUUCAGCUUCACAAAAGCCGUUUGGAUGAGUGCAGUGUUUAA